AAAUUCAUUUAACAGAAACAAAGGCUGUGAAUUUUGCAAACACCUGCAUUUGUCAGUGUUUUAGUCACCAUGAAAAAGGAGAAUGUGGGUUUGCACAGCGCUUACUCGACAAGUCUAACUUCAGUAUGGCAGCUGCAGCGUAGCCAGCUGGGAUUCACAGCAAUUACAAUAGAUUACAGUGGUGACCUAGUUUCCCUGGCAAAAGGUAUCAGUGUCCAUAGAAACAUCUCUAACCGGGCCUUGUAAUAUGACAUCUAAAGUAAGAUAGAAAAAAGUCUUCCUUUCUAGUGUAAUUCAGUUAUUUAAACAUAAGCUCAUACACUGAAUGUGCAAACUUCCUGUUCUGUCACUCAUAUAGUUACUGUAGCUUCUCAUGUUUGCUAUUUUCAAAUAUACGAGCUUAAGCUGGUUGCUAGCAGAAACACCUGUCUAUGCUAGUGUAAAUAUAAGCAUUGCAUUAAGCCACAAUUUGGCAAAAAUCUGAAUAUUUUGUUCAUGUAGUAAAUGUUGGUUAUGAUGGAGAAUGGUUAUUAUAUGUUCUUUAUGGUUAUACUGUAAAAUGUAUUCACAGACCUGUUUACAACAGAUUAGAGCUUUUUCCACCUCCAGCCGGGGCUAAGGACGGCGGGGGUUGGAUGCUGUACAGACUGUAAAGCCCCUUGAUUUGUGAUUUGUGAUGCUGGGCUGUGUAAAUAAAAUUUCUUCCCAAAUAUGACUAACUGGCUGCAUUAGGGGAAUGGUGUGACAAGUGUGUGUGAAAGUUUUCUUAUUUUAAAACGUUUUUUUUUUAAAGCUGUAUGAGUUUAGAAUCUCACCUGAAAGCACUGACAUUGUUUUGCCAGUGCGUAGGUCUAGGAAGGCACGCAGCAGUACUCUGCCAUUUUCAUUAUUAACGUUAAAUGUUUCAUUUCCUUUAUGGUUUUUCCACAGGGUCAUCUGAAUGUCAUGUAUUUCCAGUAGCCUAGCAACUGCUGUUGUUCUGCUCUGUAUUUUGUGCCCUGAUACAGUCCUCUGGCUGCUUCAUAGACAUGACAACCGGAAGUCUCUUCUGCCAUAAUGUGUGGUGUGAAAGAGGACCUAGCCCAGUGUACACAGCCAAAGUUCCUGGGUAAGGCAGGCUGGGUGAAGAAGGCUCCCGGCAAACUCUUGGCAAGCUAUAAGGACCGCUACAUCCACGUGGAGAAGACAGAGAUUGUGGUGUAUGAAAAUGAGGACCUGCAGAACUGCUUAGAGAGGAUUGACCUGGAAAGCUAUGACAAAUGUCAUGAAUUAAAGAGCCCCUUCAAGAAGAAGCACAGACUGAUACUGAUUCGAUCAGCCAAGUCUGGAAAUAAGGUAAAUGAUGUGAAGUUGCAGGCUCAGACUGCAGAGGAGAAGGAGGCUUGGAUUAAAGCCCUUUCCGAUGGCAUCAGUCGAGCAAAGAACAAAGUCUUUGACGAGGUGAAAGUUGAUGAAAGCAGUAAUUUAGAGCAUGUUACUCGAACAAGACCCAAAGCGACCCGUAACCGGAGGCCACCAACCAGGAUACACAUGAAAGAGGUAGCUGAUGUGUCGUCUGAUGGUAUCCUGCGUUUGGAUCUUGAUCUUGAGGAUGCUGUAAUGCCUAAUGGGACCCAUCAUGCCAAUGUUGAUGGUAGUGAGACCCCCAAAGAGGCCAUCAAAGCUACAGAGAAAAACUUGGGGACAAAUGCUGAAUGGGAGGUGCAGACUGGGCCAGAGGUCAGUCCCCAGAAAAAGGUCAAACCUCCCAUGCCCCCUACCAAAGAGACUAAACCCAGUUUAGAAUCUGAGGAAGAACUCGAUAAGCCUGAUGGCCUUGAGAAAAAGGUCCUUAAGCCACCAAUGCCUCCGUGUAAAGAAGCCAAGCCCUGUAUUUCACCUGCUGAAGAAAGUACAGGGGAGGCUAAAGCUGACAUGUCUGAAAAGUGUCCUGAUACUAGAAAAAAGGCCGAUCCACCACCUACUCCUCCCAACAAACCCAGUUCCAGCAGCCCAAUUAUUAACCUUGCAGAGACCAACUCCCACCCUCCUGCCACCCCAUCCAAAGAGAAGAAACCCUCUACUACUGCUAUGGAUCCAACCCAAGAGGAUGAAGGCACAGGUGAUGAGAAUAAGGAGAAGGAAGAAGACAGCGGGGAGCAGACCAAAGGAACGGCUGUAGAAACAGAUGAAGCAGACCAGAUGAUUUCUAAAGAAGCUCUGUCUAGUGUCAGUGGUGAUAAGAAUCACUGUGCAAAAGGGCAGGAUUCAGAAGAAGAGUCAAGAGAGACUAUACGCAGUGGCAUAAACAAGGCAUCCGACAAGGAGCCACAAAUACUUGUUCAGCCUGACAUGCAACACAUGAGAGACAUGACACAAGAUAACCCAACUAUAAGUCAGCCUGAUAAGGGAGAGGACCCUGCUGCAUCACUGCAAACAGCCUCAGAUACUUCAGCCAGUUCUUUUCAAGUGGAAGAACUGCUCCCCAGCUGUGAAGUCCCCUCAGUAGGUGCCUCUUUGAACGACCCACUCAGUGACAGCCUUAGUCUGAGUCCACUGCUUUGUCACUUGCAUGGAGAGAAAGAAAAGAAGGCAGAGGAGAAAUCUGUAGACAGCGGUCAGCAAUCAGAUGAUGACAGCGAAGGCUCUGGGAGUGAACACACAGUGGCAACUUCCACAGCUGAGGACAACAUUCAGAACUCUGUCAGUUUAAGGCAGAAACAGGCUGAAACCAAACAUCAGGUUAACCCAAAGGGAUUUCCCUUUCAGCGCUCGGUGCCCGCUGUUCCUGCCAAACCCCACAUUAAGGCAAAGUCAGCCUCCAUUGGAGAUCUGCUGUCAGACUCCCCGGCCUAUAUUCAGGUGAGACAGAAUCCCAGAUCUGUGUCUGUUAGUGACAGGUCCCCGGUAGAUAAUGUAAUGAAGCUAGAGACUGAAGUGGCUCUGGAGAUGGAAAAGACAAGUGACCUACUGAGCAGACUGUCCCAGUCCCACACGGGAGGUGACAGGGAAGGCAUGCCAGAGGAUCUGCUGGUCAGGGCAAUGGAGAAGCUGAAGAAGGCUGACCGUGUGCUCAGGGAGGUCAAGAAACUUACAAUGACAAAGACCUCAAGCAACAGGAAGAGCUGGUGAAUGUCAGUCAGCAGAUUGAUUUGGAAUUGACCAUUCGCUAAACCACUCACCCAGACAGUGAUUGUCCAGUCAUAGCUUAGCAAUCUUAUUAAGUUGCAGCAGACCUGUCAAGCUUAGGAUUUCUCCACUUACAAUCUGGCAAAGAAAACCCCUUUGGAUGGUGUCUUAUUUUAGAAGAAGAAUUUUCAGUCUUGUGGAGCUGACAUUAGCCUGACAGUGGUGAUUCCAAUGGUCUUUUUCUGUCUGAAAUCAAACACCUACAAGUUCAACAUUACUCAGAUGUUUGAGAGGUAUGUUUUACACCAUUACCAUUCUGAACUGCAAGACUGGAAAGCCUGAGAGGUGUAGCAACACUGGAGGGGUCAGGGCUUAACAAAUGGUCAAUAGAUGGGCUUGGGCAGGCAGUCUCCAUUUUUUAUGGUUAUGCAGUAUCUGUUCGCUCAUAAUUAACUAAGUGCAAUUAUUUCUAGCUUAACUUUCUCUGUAGCUGAAAGUAAUGCUUAAUGUUCUACUGUUUACUGUUUAUGUUUUGUUCUGUAUGAAAUAUCUGACAUUUUCAAGAACAAUUACUUGAAGACUAAUUUGAGAAUAAUACAAUGACAAAGCAGUACUGCUGAUACAGUGGGAAUGUGCAAAAAAUGUACUAAAAAGUGUUAACAACAAAUGACAUGUUUUAAUAACUGGAUUCAAGAGACUAGUAUGUUUUUGCUGGCACAUUAAAAGAUGAAUGAAUUUGUAGGCUACUGUACAUAUAGUAUUUUUGACUUUUUACCACAAUAUACAUUAUGCUGUUUAUUGUUAAUGAGGAAAGUUCCAACUGUUUUUAAUCAGAGUAAUCAUGUGAUUGCAGUGUUUUUAUGAAAGAAGAACUGCUAUUCCACAUAGAACAAUUAUUUUUUUAACAAUUAUUAUUAUUUUUAACUGAUAUUGUCUACAGAAACGCAGCUUGUAGUAGCUAAUUCGCUUUAGGAGGGGGAUAUGUGCUCAUCAGUGUAAUCCUCGCAAAUUAAAUAAUGAACUCUGAACUCUGCAGAAUUUCCCCCCUUUUUUGUCAGAUGCUUUGUUAAAAGAUGUGAUGGUAGUUUUAAAUACUUUUUAAACAUGUGAAGCAAAAAUAUUUUCUAACAUCAGAUAUAAUUUUGUAGGCUACUUUGCUACUGCCCAAAUAAAAUG